GCGACGCUGAUCGGUGAGGUUAUUGGAGAUAUUUGCGCGCUUUCCCGUCGUUUGCGCGGAGCUGAACACGUGGUCGCUUCUUACGACAUUUAGAACUUCGAUGAUUUAACAAAGGUGGAAGGUGAAAAUAUGGACAAUUUAUACAGUUCCCGUUUACACGGGUUUCCAAAUCUCAGUAAAGGGAGUGCUAGUAUGGAGACAGCCUUAACCGAACAGGGUGUUCUGUCACUAUUGAUAGUUCUGGGCAGCAGCGUCUCUCUUGUGGGAUUGGUGUUUGCCUUCAUAACAUACAGCCUCUUCUCAGACCUUCGCAACCUGUCUGGAACAGCGUUGAUGAACCUGCUGGCAGCAAUGUUUAUGGCUCAAUUACUGUACGUUGUGGGUGUUGGAGGCAUAGUUGAUCCUGAACUUUGUAUUUCAUUGGCUUUCAGUCUACAGUACGUUCGUUUAUGUGUGCUCUGUUGGUUACUGAUAAUCGUUCACCACAUGUACACGCAGUUCAAUAUUCACAUUCACACUUUGAUACCCAGGCCAGAAUUGUCGAUCAGUAAAACAUUUUUUGGCUAUUCACUCUUUGGAUGGGGAUUUCCAGCAGCUCUCCUACUAUUCAGUGUUGUUCUAGAAUAUGAAGAUAAAUCAAUCGAUUUGCUACUCAAGAGUACAGAUAAAUCGAUAAAACAUAAUUGUUGGUUUCUGGAUAAUAAUACAUUUUACGUCUGUUACCUUAUACCAAGUGGAAUAUGCUUGUUAUGCACUUUAUGGUACAUGAUUUGUGCCAUAAUCGCAGUAUAUAGAGCAGUUACGAUUCAACUAGACAGGAAAGUGAGGAGUAAGAUGCUGAAGAAGAGAAGAAUGCAGAUAUUCCUUUUCUUCAAGAUCACCCUAAUCAUCUAUGGAGUUGUUACCCUAGGGGCACUGUACAGACUGGACGACAACGAGUACACAAGAAUAUCCUUCCACGUAACCCAAGGGCUUCAAGGAAUUAUAGUUGCCAUGCUUGUUACCUGUAACUGUCAGGUGCUGAAACUUUACAGUAAAUCCAUCAGAGUUAAUAGGAAGAAGUUACCCAAGAUGUACGGAGUCGACAAAAAAGCAUUGGAUAAGUCCACGAGCAUGCAACUUUUAACUUGGGAACCUCCUCCGGAUAUUGUUUAAAAUAACAGAUAUUGAGUUUUGCUUUUUCGACCAUCCUGUAACUAUAUUCGAUUAUAGAUCGUGACUGAUAAUAAUAAAUGAACUAAACGAUAUAUCACCGUUUCGAAAGUUUCUGUCUGAUUGAUACAUAUCAAGGAAACUUUACUGUAAAACUCUGCAAAAAGAAACAGUAGAUUUGAAAAACCGAAAAGAAUUGCUUCUUUCUUCUUAAAUUCAAUUUCUGUUGAUAUAAAAAGAAGGGUAUUUUGAAAGUCUCAAAAAUUUCUUCAUGUACUCAUGGUAAUAUCUAUGAGUAGAUAUACAGUAUGUCAAUUUGGAAAGGUACCUACCACCUUCCACAUACAAAAUCAGAAAAAAUGCAAAAAGGUGAACAGUGAUUUACCCAUUUUAGGGGUUGAUGUUAUGUGGCUCACAGGGUUGAUACAAAUUGAUUAGAAACUGCAAGAAUUUUCCAUCUACAAACGAAAGUUUUUUUUUUGUAUUUUUUCUGAUUUUGCAUUGGGACCGAAAUUUUGAGGGUGGUAUCUUUUUAAAUUGACGCACUGUAUAAUGUGGCCACGAAAUGAUAGACCAGUCCAAACUUGUAAAUGCGAGAAUUGUUUUUUAUCGAGAAAGGCAUUUUACAAUAUCGAUUUCAUUUGUAAAUAUCAACUUUCCUGCUAUAUUGAACUCAGUUAUCCCUUAAUUAAUAUAUUAUUAAACAAUUCUGAUAGCAAACUACCCUAUAUUUAUAAUGCCUUAAGCAAAUGAAUGAAGGUCAGAAAUUUGAUGCUUCCAAAGGUGAUGUAUAGGUUUGAAAUCAUAUUGAAUGUCAGAUUGUUGCGUGCGAUCUGUCUUUAUGUUGUAAUAUAUUGUUUUUGUAAAUAUUCCUGUGAAUAAAAAAUAUAUUUGGUU